AUGCCGUUCAGCAAUGAAGGCAUCAAAGCAGCAGACCUGGUAAACCCCGGACAGAAUACUGAACACGUCGACCAGGACACAGGCCAGGACACAUACCAGGACACAGGCCAGGACACAGACCAGGACACAGGCCAGGACACAGGCCAGGAAACAUACCAGGACACAGGCCAGGACACAGGCCAGGACACAUACCAGGACACAGGCCAGGACACAGGCCAGGACACAGGCCAGCACACAGGCCAGGACACAGGCCAGGACACAUACCAGGACACAGGCCAGGACACAGGCCAGGACACAGGCCAGGAUACAGACCAGGACAUAGACCAGGACACAUACCAGGACACAGACCAGGACACAGGUCAGGACACAUGCCAGGACACAGGCCAGGACACAGACCAGGACACAGGCCAGGACACAGGCCAGCACACAUACCAGGACACAGGCCAGGACACAGACCAGGACACAGGCCAGGACACAGGCCAGGACACAGGCCAGGACACAUACCAGGACACAGGCCAGGACACAGACCAGGACAUAGGCCACGAUACAGACCAGGACACAGACCAGGACACAGGCCAGGACACAUACCAGGACACAGGCCAGGACACAGACCAGGACACAGGCCAGGACACAGGCCAGCACACAUACCAGGACACAGGCCAGGACACAGACCAGGACACAGGCCAGGACACAUACCAGGACACAGGCCAGGACACAGGCCAGGACACAUACCAGGACACAGGCCAGGACACAGACCAGGACAUAGGCCAGGACACAGGCCAGGACACAGGCCAGGACACAUAUCAGGACACAGGCCAGGACACAGACCAGGACACAGGCCAGGACACAGGCCAGGACACAUACCAGGACACAGGCCAGGACACAGACCAGGACACAGGCCAGGACACAGGCCAGCACACAGACCAGGACACAGGCCAGCACACAGACCAGGACUCAGGCCAGGACACAGGCCAGGACACAGGCCAGGACACAGACCAGGACACAGGCCAGGACACAGGCCAGGACACAGGCCAGAACACAGACCAGGACACAGGCCAGGACACAGGCCAGGACACAGGCCAGGACACAGACCAGGACACAGACCAGGACACAGGCCAGGACACAGACCAGGACACAGGCCAGGACACAGGCCAGCACACAGACCAGGACACAGGCCAGGACACAGGCCAGGACACAGGCCAGGACACAGGCCAGGACACAGACCAGGACACAGGCCAGGACACAGACCAGGACACAGACCAGGACACAGACCAGGACACAGACCAGGACACAGGCCAGGACACAGGCCAGCACACAGACCAGGACACAGGCCAGGACACAGACCAGGACACUGGCCAGGACACAGGCCAGGACACAGGCCAGGACACAGGCCAGGACACAGACCAGGACACAGACCAGGACACAGACCAGGACACAGACCAGGACACAGACCAGGACACAGGCCAGGACACAGGCCAGCACACAGACCAGGACACAGGCCAGGACACAGACCAGGACACAGGCCAGGACACAGGCCAGGACACAGACCAGGACACAGACCAGGACACAGACCAGGACACAGGCCAGGACACAGGCCAGGACACAUUCCAGGACACAGACCAGGACACAGGCCAGGACACAGGCCAGCACACAGGCCAGCACACAUACCAGAACACAGGCCAGGACACAUACCAGGACACAGACCAGGACACAGGCCAGGACACAGGCCAGGACACAGGCCAGCACACAGGCCAGCACACAUACCAGGACACAGACCAGGACACAGACCAGCACACAGACCAGGACACAGACCAGGACACAGACCAGGACACAGGCCAGCACACAGACCAGGACACAUACCAGGACACAGACCAGGACACAGACCAGGACACAGGCCAGGACACAGGCCAGGACACAGGCCAGGACACAGACCAGGACACAGGCCAGGACACAGGCCAGGACACAGACCAGGACACAGACCAGGACACUGGCCAGGACACAGGCCAGCACACAGACCAGGACACAGGCCAGGACACAGGCCAGGACACAGACCAGGACACAGACCAGGACACAGGCCAGGACACAGGCCAGCACACAGACCAGGACACAGGCCAGGACACAGGCCAGGACACAGGCCAGCACACAGACCAGGACACAGGCCAGGACACAGGCCAGGACACAGGCCAGGACACAGGCCAGGACACAGACCAGGACACAGGCCAGGACACAUGCCAGCACACAGACCAGGACACAGGCCAGGACACAGGCCAGGACACAGCCGUAAAUGGAAACAAAGAAACUGAGACGAGUCAGAAGGCUGCAAGAAGUAACAUCUUCAGAGCAAAGGAGUCGUGUGCAGGGAGGUAUGAGUUCAAGAUGCAGCCACCUCCUCCAACCACUGUCUCAAGGUGCAACAUGGCCGGCAACCCACAGAACGGCAACUGCGCCCAAGAAGCAGGGCCCAGGAGCUGA